GAUGUUGGAUUGAAGGGAGCAGGCGAGUGGGCUUUGGAGGCAAACUACCUGCAGCUGCAGCUGUUCCUCAUUUGUCCGUUUCCAUGAAACAUUGCACUCAAGUGUUUGCUCAACUUUAUCUCCUUUGCGAUAAGCCUCCUCCUCCUUUCAGCUCUCCUUUCAGCCGCACUCGCAUACGAGUAUCCCUGAAUUAAUAUUUAAACUUUGAUAAAAUUUGGCAGGAGCAGCGUGUCCCCUGUCGACUGCCAGAGCAGAGUGCUCUUUUAUCGCUUUGCUUACCUGAUCCCACACAAAGUCGAGCCGAUAAGCAGCGCUCUCUAACAGCCCUCCGUUUUUUUGUUCCCCUUCCACAUCAAUCUUUGUCGCUGCCACCCGUCCUGUCCGGGUGGGUGCCAUCUUUUUCGUGGAAAACAAAAUUAUGAAAUUUCUAUUUGAUUUCACAUAGUUUGUGUUUGCUCUCCUCUGUCAUAAAUCCAUACGAGGGCAUACCACUCGUACCAGUCAUAGAUUUCCCGUUUCUCCCCCUGUUUUUGCCCAUAUGUUGGCCCCAGCCACGCUCCGCCGCUGCCACCAUUGCUCCCUAUCUAAGCCUAUCCAUAUCACCUGGUCCUUCCAAUGCCUGCCGCCUGCCGCCUGGUUGUUUAAUUUACCGAAUUAUUUCUGAUUAAAAAAGUCUCUGACAACGACGCCAAGCUCUGAUGUCGCUUUGGGGUCCCUCUUGUCGUAACUGUACCUGGCCAGGGUGGACACAACUAUACUCUACCUGCUAGAAAACUGCAGACAUUAGUGUGUUAUGACAUUAGAUUUUGCAAAAUUUGCUACAGAAAGAAAUCCGAAAUAGGAUAGAAAAACGCCAAAUUAGUGUUGCUUGCGGUCUCCAGACACGUCUCUGAGGCACUAUUUGUGACCAAAUGACAGCAGACAGCAAAAUUGGUUCUGGAAAUCGCAACCAUCGAUCAUCUCCGCCGCAACGCUGCUCCCAACUCAAGAGGAAAGCCAAGCUGACGCAUAUAUUUCUCUCGCUCUCACUGCAUGGUUUUCCCAUAAGGCUAUCCCUGUUUUUGCAGCUAGUUAGAAAAGACUAGUAUCAAAUGGCCUGAGCACUAAUAAAUUAACUCAUUAGUAGAUUCGUCAUCUGAAGGAUACAGUCUGGAAGGUUUUCAAAAGUCAACUUCUCAGUUGGUCUGUUGCCCUAAGAAUUCUCCGCCCAUUUGUGUCAGGGAUUUCAUUAAGAGUGGCAACCGGAAGCUCUAUGCAUUCCUAUGCGUGGAUAUUUGUAAGGAUAUUUCUCAGACUGAAUUGUCCAGACAUUCCUCCAGUCACGUAUAACCUACUAUUUCUCAUCCGAAAGAAACCUUCUAUUUCUGUUCGGCCAGGGAUACUGCUAUAGUAAGAGUCACAAACACAGCGAUAAAGCCGAUGCAUACACGCAAAUUAUUACUUGUUCAGAGUUUGAAUUUCUGUUGCGCUGCCAGUGAUCGGCACGCACGCAUUCACAUGUUGCCAGUGCGUUUGUGUGCGUAGGCAGCAGUCACAACGAAACGUUGUAGUGGUGCCAGCAGCAGCGCACGGAAGAUAGGGACUUGCCGAUCGCUGAUCUACACUAAACUAUUUUACAUACAUAUGUAAGUCUUCGAGCGGGAGAUUCGUCGAGCGAGCGACGCGCAUAAAGUUUGCAUCCUGAUGCGAGCGUUCACUUUCACGAACGUUCACAUGCACUUUGGGUAGUACUUUGGUAGUACACAUUUGUGCAUUUUAUUGAGCGUUGCUUCAAGAAUAGCCCAAUGCCCAGCUAUAAUUAGGCACACGUGUAGUUGGCUAUGAAAAUGAUUAUGUACAAUAUAUCCCCUCAUUACAUUAUUAACUUUUACCUUAAUAGUAAAUUAGCUUAGAAAGAUUAUACGAAGUAAUAAUAAAAUUAAUAUCAAUAUUAGUAUUAAUAUAAUAAACAAAUUAUGAAUGUUUUAUCAAUAAAAUUAACAUAUUCUGUCCCAGCUAAUUUACUUUUCACAUAAAAGGAAAUAAUGUCUUAAGGCAUUUAUGUACAUACGUACAAUGUACAUAAUUUAUAAAUUGACUUAGUCGUUUCCACUACACUUCAAUGCCGGUUUUAGUAUGAAACUCAUUAUACUAAUUUGGAGCUUGGGUGCCGGGAGCAGUAGUCUCGAAAUUCUAAACAGUCCAUCCAGUUCUGUCGCGAUAUAAUUUGUAAACUGUACCUAUUGAAACCUUGAUGUAAGAACCUAUUAGAGUUAAUUUUUUCGGUAUUUCAGGCAUAAAAUGUCUUGUUUUCUGUUUUCUAAUCUCUUCUAUAAAAAAACGGGAUUAAUGAUAAAAGUUCUAACAUAAAUUGGCCCAGUAUUUUUUUGUCCCGCGCGACAAAAAAUAAAUAUAUUUAAUGGAACAUUCAAAACCAUGCACGGCAUUUUAAAACGAGACACAUUGAAAUAUAUCCUGGGGUCUCGCUGGAAUCGGCGUUUGAAAAGCCGGAGAGAUAAGGUGCUCCUAAACCGAAUACUCGUAAUAAGCAUUCAUUAGUUUGGGAAUCUGAAGGAUACAAAAGUUACGGAAAACCGCACUCGCACCCGCACCACACUCGUAGAGUAUAUUGUACAUAUGUAUGUAUGUAUAUGUAAUCGUCGAGAUAUCAUUGGUGUGGUGUACAUUUUGUUCUCUCUUCCCUCCCGAUCGACAUUGAAAACUAUGACAUCGGCGAUAUUAAGGAAAUGCAACACCGAGGUAAACAAGUGUUCUUUUUUCAUUUGUUAGUGUCAAAAAUGCAAGCGAAGCGCUUAUCUGCCAAGUUGAAUUUUCGACUAUUCAGGAGUUGUUGUACAAUGAACGAUCUAGUAGACCCGUCCCCCCUUUGAGAAGCUGCCAGCGAUCUCCAUUGCCACCGCUGCCGCAAUCAGAGGCACAUCAGAAUAUAAACGAGGUCUGGAAGGCGUUGGCCCCUGGUUGCCAUGAGUUUUUCCAGCGACGAGGUGAACUUCCUGGUUUACCGAUACCUGCAGGAGUCGGGUUUCCUGCACUCCGCCUACGUGUUCGGCAUUGAGUCGAACGUAGUGCGGACCAACAUCAAUGGAAGCCUGGUGCCGCCGGCUGCCCUGCUAACCAUCCUCCAGAAGGGCCUCCUCUACACAGAGGUGGAGUGGAGUGUGGGCACGGACGGAGAGGUGGGACGUCUCAUUGAAGGCCUUUCCCUGAUUAAUGCUGUGAUGCCGGAUGCUAAAGGGCCCAAGGCGACGGGGAGCACCAGCACCGCAGAGUCCAACCCGGAGAGCGGUUCCAGGGGAAGUGCCGCAUCCCCUAGCGGCUCCAGAGGCAACAAAAAUCCACAAGCCAGUGAGUCGAGCAAUGCGAAUGCAACUAGCAUAGACGACUCCAGCCCGUCCACAUCCAAAAAAGCCGUCGCGGUCUCGACUUUCUAUCCAAAAAAGGCGGGAAAACCCAGCAUAGACGCGGCGUACACAGCCCCAGACCACAGCCCAGCUUCGAGUGAGACCGACUUUUCUGCGGGCGGCAGUCCUGUGCCCCUCGAGCCAAUGGAGAUAGUCGGGAGCGUUGAGAUUCCGGAGUCCGAAGCGUGCGCUCUGCGCGGCCACGAGGGCGAGGUGUUCAUCUGCGCCUGGAAUCCCAACCGGGACCUGCUGGCCAGUGGCUCGGGCGAUAGCACUGCCCGCAUCUGGAACAUGACCGGAUCGAAAGCCCACUCCAGUCAGCUGGUGCUGAGGCACUGUAUAGAGACAGACGGGGCGCAGUUUACGAGUAACAAGGAUGUCACAUCCCUGGACUGGAAUUGCGACGGUUCGCUGUUGGCUACAGGCAGCUAUGAUGGCUAUGCGCGCAUCUGGAAGACAGAUGGAAGCCUGACUUUGACGCUGGGUCAGCACAAGGGGCCGAUCUUCGCACUCAAGUGGAACAAAUACGGGAAUUACAUUGUCUCCGCCGGAGUGGACAAGACGACGAUCAUCUGGGAUGCGAGCACGGGCAAGUGCACGCAACAAUUCGCCUUUCACAGUGGCCCGGCCCUGGACGUCGACUGGCAGACGAGUCAGGUCUUUGCCUCUUGCAGUACAGAUCAGAGGAUAUUCGUGUGUCGGCUGGGCGAGACAGAGCCGCUCAAAACUUUCUGUGGGCACACCAACGAGGUGAACGCCAUCAAGUGGUGCCCGCAGGGCCUGCUGCUGGCCUCCUGCUCGGAUGACUUGACUGUGAAGAUCUGGAGCAUGAAUCGGGAUCGGUGCUGCCAGGACCUGUUGGCCCAUUCCAAGGAGAUAAACACUAUCAAGUGGUCACCCACAGGGCCGAGCACGAACAAUCCCAACAUGAACCUUGUACUCGCCUCGGCCUCCUUCGACUCCACGGUUCGCCUGUGGGACGUGGAGCGCGGCAGCUGCAUAUACACGCUCAGCAAGCACACGGAGCCCGUCUACUCCGUGGCCUUCAGUCCCGACGGCAAGCACCUUGCCUCGGGCAGCUUCGACAAGUGCGUGCACAUCUGGAGCACCCAGACUGGAAAGCUGGUGCACAGCUACAAGGGCACCGGCGGGAUCUUCGAGGUCUGCUGGAACUCCGAUGGCAGCAGGGUGGGUGCCAGUGCCUCGGACGGCGAUGUCUUUGUCCUGGAUCUGCGCAAGUUAUGAUCCCUGGUCAACGCCCAGCAGUUUCCUCAAGUUUUUUCUACUAAGACCCGUUUCCAUGCAACAUUUAAGGUAAUACCUUAAGAUGCAGACAUGCUAAGAAACCCGAAACAAACGCCAUUUUUUUAAAACCAAUUUAAAUUCUGAUACUCUAUGUUUUUUAUAUAAAAGUACGUACUGUUAAGAAUUAUAUAUAUUUUUGUUAUUAAAAUAUUGUAUGCAACAAAAUGUAAUACUGCCGGAUAUACAUACUUAUGUAUGUAUAUAUUUUAUAGCUGGCACUCAGUCAGUAUAUAUGUAUAUGACAUAUAUAUAUAUGACAGCUUAUUUAUGUAAUUUAUACAAU